UUUCUUCAUUACACCUUCUUGCACACUUUGGAGACUCUCUGUUGGCAGCAUUACAGCUGUCCCGUCUGGGCACACGGCUGGGAGGGGAUCUCAAUCACAGGAACUUCAGCAACCUCGGCUACCCCUCUCCCCCUGUAGGUGUCCCCCUGGAGCGAGCUGCCUGUUUAACGCAGAGCCCCGCUCCGGCCGUUACUCACAAGUGGGGCGCGGUGCCGCCCUUGCCCGUCGCCCGCAGGGCCUCCCGCUGUCAGGAGAGGAGGCAGCCGCGGCCCACUCGCAUCCGUCGCCGGGACGGUCCCCGGCUACACUCCUACACGUUCCCCAACUCCGCGCAGCCCUCGCUAAGCUCCCUGAAAGCCUCGGAAGUUGAUGAAGCGGACCAUGGUGUUACUAGCCAGCUGGUUGCAGCUUCACAGGAGACUCACAGCUCGUGCACAGAGAAGAUGCAGGUUCCCACUCAGUAUAGCUGGAGUGCUGACUGGAGCUUUUGGCUCUCAAGUUCCACUUACAAAUAUAGGAGCGAGGAAUUCAAGAGGCAGUUUUCUCAUCUGCCAGAUUCAGAGAGACUCAUAGUAGAUUACGCCUGUGCACUCCAGAAGGAUAUCCUGCUGCAAGGUCGCUUGUAUCUCUCUGAAAACUGGCUCUGUUUCCACAGCAACAUUUUCCGAUGGGAGACCACAAUUUCUAUUGCUUUGAAGGAUAUCACUUUCAUGACAAAGGAAAAGACUGCUCGGCUCAUUCCAAAUGCCAUACAGAUAGCAACAAAAGGAGAGAAGUUUUUCUUCACAUCAUUCAGUGCAAGAGACAGAAGCUACCUCAGUAUCUUUCGCUUGUGGCAGAAUGUGUUGUUGGAUAAGAGGCUGACCAAGCAGGAAUUCUGGCAGCUUGUGCACCAGAGCUAUGGCUCUGAGCUGGGCCUGAACACCGAAGAGAUGGAGAGCUUCCACUCAUCUGAGGACAAUGGGCAGUGUCGAUCCAGCGUUUGUGAUGAACCUGCAGAAAGAGAUGACAAGCUACCUAAAACAGUUGGUUUAGUUCGGGAAUCCACACUUCAGGCUGAAGGAGAGUCACUCAAUAGACAAGCGUUGUCAGGUGUGGAAGAGUCUCUAAGUGAGAAACAAAUAAAGAAGAGCCCUCUUCCAUCUUCAGAAAGAAAAUCUGUUAAGCUAGUCAGAAGCAGAUCUUUAGAAAAGUCCUUGGAUCUGAAUGAGAAUGAAAAUCUUCAAGAGAAGAGCAGUGCCUCAGAUAGUGAAGAAGCAGUGAAGGAGACUGCCUCUGAGAAUGAUCUUUAUGGGAGACUUUUUAUAAACAGAGUUUUCCACAUCACUGCAGACAAGAUGUUCGAAAUCCUCUUCACCAAUUCUCACUUCAUGCAGAGGUUUCUCAAUUCCAGGAGUAUCGUAGAUGCUGUGUCAACCCCUUGGAAUAGAGAUUCCAGUGGCAAUCAGUUGAGGACUUUGACGUACACUGUAACAAUUAACAAUCCACUCUGUGGGAAGUUUACGACUGCAACUGAAAAGCAGAUCCUGCAUAAGCAGAGCCAGAAAGGUCAGUCUUAUCAGGUGGAUGCUGAGGUACUGACCCACGAUGUCCCCUACCAUGAUUAUUUCUACACUGUGAACCGAUACUACAUCAGCCGCACAUCCAGUCACAAAUGUCGAUUACGGGUUUCUGCAGAAGUGAAGUACAAAAAGCAGCCUUGGGGCCUUGUCAAAUCUGUAAUUGAGAAGAACACCUGGGGAGGGAUACAGGAGAACUUCAAACAACUUGAAUCAGAGCUGCUAAUGGAGGAGUAUGCAAUUAAUCAGUCCAUAGAAGAUUCUGGAAAAUUAGUUGCCCUGAGACGGAGACGACGCACUUUACACCGGAGUCUGGCAGAAUCACUUCCCAAACGCUCUUCCCAGCACUCCUCUGGUGACAUGGGGCUAGAAUCCCAGGGUAGCAUCAUAGGAAGGAAAAGAGAUGCUAUUAGUAGGACCACUACCAUCAUUGUAGUAAUGAGUGUCUUUUUGCUGCUCUUGGUUUUGCUAAAUAUAACACUGUUUCUCAAGCUGUCAAAGAUAGAGCAUGCAGCUCAGUCCCUCUAUCAUGUCCAGCUUCAGGAAGAGAGCUCUCUGAAUGUAUCUCCAGAAAUGGGAUCGAAAGAGGAGAUCCCUCAGUAUGAUAAGGAACAGGUUAAACAUGUGAAGGGAGUACUAAGAGACUCAAUUGAAAUGCUUGAGCAGCUCAAGCUCUCCCUUUCCAUGCUCCAAAGAAGCUUUGAUCACUUGAACAAGACACAGAGCAGCAAGACUGAGAGUUAAUGCCUGCAGCAGCUUGCAAGUCAGGACCUCAGAACAGAAGAUGUGUGUUUAAGGACUUGUGGAGUAGGGACUGUAACCAUCUUUGGACUUCUUUUUUUUUCCUAUUUUGGCUCAAAAGCUUCAUGGAAUAAAGCUUUCUAGAAGAAGUAA